AUGUCUGUUGAAACUGCUUUAUCUUACGCCGCUUUAAUCUUAGCUGACGCUGAAGUUGAAAUCACCGCUGAAAAGUUAUUACAAUUAACUCAAAAGGCUAACGUUGAAGUUGAAGGUAUCUGGGCUGACAUCUUCGCCAAGGCUUUAGCUAACCAAAACUUAAAGGACUUGUUCUUCAACAUCUCCUCUGGUCCAGCUGCUGCCCCAGCUGCUGGUUCUUCUGCCGGUGCCGCCUCUGGUGCCGCUGCUGAAGAAGCUGAAGAAGAAAAGGCCGAAGAAGCCAAGGAAGAAUCCGAUGACGACAUGGGAUUCGGUUUAUUCGAUUAA